AACUCUGCAUGCUGUAUUCAAGUCUUGCCUCGAGGCACACGUUGCAUUUAUCUUCAGUUGGCUUACGCGCCGACACACAUAAUUAAUUACUCAGAACGUCCAAAGGGGGAGUACGUUAGUUGGGAUGUCGCGCUCUGUGGCCAGAACUGUUAAUGUGGCGGCAGCACAACAUGAGGAGGAAGGAGACUUGACGCGGACGGAUACGAAGGGAUCGAGUCGGGCACGCACUGGACAACAGACGGUCUUUUCUCGAUUGCAGUCGCUAUUUCCGAACUCCACUCAAGUCCCAAGAACACCCACUUCAGAUGCUCGUGUUUCGGUAGAACCGAGCAAGGCGCUAGGCAACUCUACAAAACCUCCUCCACGUUUUCUCAAAGUUCAUAUCGUGACAUGGAAUAUGCACGACGCUUUACCGACGGGGAAUCUGGAAGAUCUUCUAGGCGCUGUACCUCAAUACAUUCCGUGUCCAGAUGAUAAACCUGACAAGCUCCGCAUACCGAACAUAUCAGAGGAAGACUGCCACCCAUAUCAUCUCGUUGUUGUAGCUGGUCAAGAAUGUCCAACGGUGUCAGGCAUUCCCAAGGGAAUCGGAGCUAGCUUUCGACAUAAAGAUAAGGAUAAACACAAAGAUGGUGAGAAAGGUGCGAAGAAGAUAAAGGGGAAAGACGGGAAAGAAAAGGAUGAUGCAAUGGAACCUGACUGCCCUCCGGCGAGCAAUCAGCCUCCCACGUCAAAUGGAGAUGCGCCCUCGGCGAGCGCCUCCCACAGCGCAACCUCAGGUUGGAGCUGGAUUCUGGAGGAAUGGUACUGCCAUGGUCUUGGUCAACUAGACGGCAUUGCAGGGACUUCUACUGCGUCGGAACUGUAUGAUUCACAGGCCGCUGGUGCAGCUGCAUUCAGUGGCACUGGCGGAAUAUCCCAAGCUUCCGCUGACAUGAAUGCCCUGGUCGAAUGCGAUGAGGAUUACAAAGCGAAGAAGGAUCGGAAAAAGAAAGACGUCGAAAAGAAGCACAAAAAUUGUUGCUUAAAAGAUAAAGGAAAAAUUGGGCCAUACGAGCUUCUAGUCAAAGAGAGACUGAUGGGGAUUUACAUGGCCAUUUUUAUCUACCGCGAUUUGAAGCCGCUUGUUCGAGGUAUCUCCAAGUCAUCUGUCUCAACGGGACUCAUUGGUGGUCGUGUCGGAAAUAAGGGCGGCGUUGGAAUCAGCGUCAAUCUCGAUGGAACAACGUUACUUUUCAUUAACGCUCAUCUCGCAGCCCACGAGGAUCGUGUGAUGAACCGCUUAUCAAACUUCAACAAAAUCAAGUCGGAGUUGCAAGUGAACGAUUUUCUUUCGCAGGACGAUCCACGUGUCAUGUCAGAGGACUUAAUCGAUAAGUUCGAUUACACAUUCGUCUUUGGUGACCUUAAUUUCCGUCUGGAUGUGACGAGAUUACACGCAGAUUGGUUAAUAUCUCGUCAAGACUAUGAUCAAGCUCUCAGCUUUGACCAACUGCGGGGGGUGAUGAGAAGGGGCGAAGCAUUUGUUGGGUUCAAUGAAGCCCCCAUCCGCUUUCCACCUACGUUCAAGUACGACGUCAUGAAGACGCUGAAGCGAGACAAAUCUAAUGCUACUCAAGACACUGGGAAGAGUCGCGGGAACAAGCGCUGGGUAGGCCAUCGCUCCAAUCAGAACUUAUCAGAAGUUCGGGAGACAGACAAUGAAUUAUCUGUUCCUCUUACUGAUGGACAUGACCGCGGAGGAUCAUUAGACGCGGAAGAUGACAAUGGCUCAUUCGUCUCUACUGCGCUGACAGGGAUGUCCAUGCAGACACGCACAACGGCAAAUGGAGAAUCCGAUGACAACGAUGGAUUCUAUGUGCGCGCAAAGAGUCCAGGUUUCUCGACUAAAAGCAAGGACGAAGAAGCACUUUUUGUCGCGAAUAACGCGGCACAUAAACUAUUUUUGGCAAAGGCUGCUAUGAAAGCGAAAGAAAAAUGGCUGUCAAUGCUGAAGUCUCGUUCCCCGGUGUCUCGAAACCCAUCGCAAAGGUCACAACAUAGCUUCUCUGCGUCAUUGCCACAGCUAAAACCCCGUGCAACGAGCUCGGCAAGCGCAUCUUCCGCAUUCAGAGGAGCGGCAUCAGCUCUUGAACUGGGCCGACCGAGUGCACCUAGCGUCAAUGAGUUGCGUAGGACCCCUUCGAAAAAAAGUGUGAGAUCGACCAAAAGCGGGAAGAUUCUCGCAUCUGCAUCUGCAAAAGGGUCUGAGGACACCAAACAGGAAUCGGACGUUGGUGUGUAUGACUCUUCAAGCAAGCAACGCGUCCCGAGUUGGUGUGACCGAAUUUUGUGGAAGACUACUAUUCAGCCGGAACCCGACUCGGAAGAUGAAAACGAACCGGAUCUUACAGGUCACCAUAUGAGCCUUGGACCGCGAAUGCUGGCUUUCCUGACCAACGCCUUGCGACCACUGUCAACGCGUACUCGUACUGCUUCACUUUCUUCCAUUCCCAUAGCCGAUUUGCCUUCGCCCAUCCCGGCGACGGCACCUUCACGACCUGCUACGUCCAGAUCAGAUUCACAGCCUCUUACAUGUCAAAGCCCGGAAGAAUCUGAGGAAAAUCCUGGACCAUUCAAACCCAGAUCACUUGCUAACAUCAUUGGCACACGCGGCCGCUUCCAGCGAAAGGCACGGCACCCUAAAUUACUAAAGUCCCGGUCAAUCGAGCCGGUUUCGACGACGCCACUCAUGCCUUCGAGUAUGCGUAAACGUAGAAGUCGGGCGUACACUGCAAUGCCAGUAAUCUCCGCACCAGUAGUGACACUCCCAGAGGACACCACACCCAUCGCUGAGAUGGAGACUCCCGAAACUUCCCGUCCGGCACCAUCGAAGGACUCGGUAGGGAGGCAACGUACCACGUCCUCACGAGGAUGGUUACGCCUUCCGUUUUUCAACAGGGAAGCUGAUCAUGAGCCGUUGGUCUCCGAUGAGAAUUUUGACCCAGGCCAUCCUCGUGAAUCAAUAGGAGCGAGGCCACGCCGACAUCGUCGGGGUGAAGUCGUCGCCCUUGGCUACAACUCAUUAGACGACCAGGCUAUGCGCAGAUUGGAAGGACGGAGCGAUCAUCGGCCAGUGAUCGGUUCAUAUGCCAUCUACAUCUGAUUCGCAUAUCCUCGUUCAUCACGAACAAUGAUUUAUUGACGGUAACUUAUAAGCAAGCUCGCUCUCUGAGUUCUCAUAAUUAUAUCGUACAGACGCCAUACAUAGAUGGAUACCUAACGGACAACGGAACUGCCUCUUGUAGAAGCUAUACCACUCAUCUUAUACCAUCAUUAUCCUGUACCUGAUACAUACC